UUCAGAAAGAGAGAUGUACAGAGGAGAAAGGGGGAGAGAGGGAAGGAUUAUUUAGUUUAUGUAGGGGCUUGUUACAGUAGAGUAACAUCAGUAAAGGGAUGAAAGGUGUAGAUCAGGACAGAGACAGACAGGUUUUAUGAGAGCAGAGAGAUCAAGUCAGAUUUAGAGUUUGGGGUACAGAGGCAAGGCAAGACAAACAGUACAGUUAUAACACAUUGAGACGAGGAGACCGAAUUGAACAAUAAUAGAGGUCAUUUUGGGGUUCAGGGAUAAGGGUAUAGGGACCAGGGGGAGAGUUUAGGGUUUAUUUUAGUUUUUUGGGGGGUGUGGACAGGUGGAACGAACAGCACUGUCUUGAUGAGUACAGCAUUGCUGUCAGGAGUCAUAGAACGAACAAGCACAGAGAUGGGGAACACAUGGAUUAUAGGAGUCAUCUCUCUCCUGGCUGUUUCUGCUACCUGGAGUUUGGAAACCGGACAUAACAACCACAUUUCUGUGACCUCUCACACUACACCUCCUUCCACUUCAAUUACAUCUACAGAACUUCGACUGCAUGUUGCCAGAAGUGAACAUUUUCAUCAAGGCCGUGAGGUCAUCUUAACGUGCUGCAAUAAGACUUGGAGUGAAAUGAUCUACACCAUCUGGAAAAUAGACCGGCGUGGAACAGUGUGUCAAAUAUCAUCAGGUGAUAAUGACCAACCUCUUGACUCAUGCAAUGAUGGAAAAGUCAUGCUAAACACAACCAGUGGUGAAUCUUACCUACGCAUUCCUAAGUUCUCAAUCAGUGAUGAGGGAUUCUACUACUGUGAGUCAGUAUACAGAGGAGGGAGCAACUCUGCAAACAUUAAGGUAUCAGUUAUAGCCCCUCCCACAGUGUCUACUUCGCUGAAGUGGGAGGACAAUAAGAGGUUGGCUCUGUGUUUGGCUGAAGGGGGGAAACCAGCUGCCUCCGUCUCCUGGAGGAACCCAUGGAACUUUACUUCAACUACCACAUGGAAACAUGAUGGCUCCAAUGGAGUGGAGAGUCAGUUGGUCCUGCCAGAGGUCAUCCCUAUGGACAACCUGACCUGUGAUGUCAGACAUCCCUUCUGGGUUGAGGUGCAAUCUGUGACACUACCGAUCCCCAAAGGGGCCUUAAUAUCCUGGUUACAUGUCAGCAUCUCCGUGGUAACCGUCAGUGUCAUUAUGGCUACUCUGGGUGGUUUAUACUUCACACGAAAACACCUCUGCAGAAUUAGCCCCGCCACACCAUCUGAGUCCAAGGCUCCUCAGUCACAGGACUAUGUGGAGGAAGUAGAGCCCUAUGCCAGCUAUGUGCAGCGUGUAAACUCCAUCUACAACUCCUCUGCAGACCUGUUCACAUAACACACACACACCACACACACACACACACCCAACCACACACACACACACAAACACACACACACACCCAACCACACACAAACACACACAGACAGACAGAAGGCAGGCAGACAGACAGACAGACAGACAGACAGACAGAC